AUGGCUUCCUUCAGAAUUCUACGGGGCCCUGCGCGACCGCGACCGGCACCAGUGCUCAGUCGUUAUUCUCGUUGCAAUCAGCGUACCCUCAUCCCCGCUCCAUCCCCGAACUCGGGCCCUCUUCUAGAUCGCCGUCCGGACCGUGAGCUUCCUGCGGUCGAGUCGAAUUGGCGAUGGGCUCGCACGCUUCCUUUCUUUGCAGUCGUUGUGGGGGCUGCGAUGCUCGGUAUAUUCAAUUACCAACGGUCGUCGUCCAGUGUCGUCAGUAGCACAUUAUACGCUCUCCGUACGUCUCCGCGGGCCCGUGAAAUCCUGGGCGACGAGAUCUACUUCGCGCAUAAAAUCCCUUGGAUCAGUGGCGAAAUGGAUCAAUUACACGGGACAAUCGACAUAUCCUUCUGGGUGAAGGGUACGAAAGCCAAAGGCAAGAUGAGAUUCAGGAGUGUGAGGCCGGAUCGAUUGAGCUAUUUCCGCACCGAGGAAUGGAGCCUUGAGACCGAGGACGGAAGAAUUGUGCAUCUCCUCGUGGACAAUGAAGAAGAUCCUUUCAAGGCAGGCUGA